AUGGAUGAACAUAUUAUAAGAUUAUAUGAUAUUAAUGGUAAAGAAGCAAUUCAAAUUAAUGGUAGAUGGUUAGAUGUUUUAGGAUAUUCAGAAUUAGCAACACAAGCAGAUUCAUUAGGUAUACCACAAGCAUUAACACAUUGUCCAAAGAUACAGAUCUAUAAUAAAGUUUUAUCAUUAGUUAAAGAAACAAGGGAAGAAAGUGAAGUACCAGUUGAUUUAAUACCAUGUGAUUGUUUAAUUUGUUUAAAAGGAUUACCCAAAUCAUUUAAAUCGGGUGAUAGUGGCAGUACAAUUCAAAUUUGGCAAGAACGUUUAAAGAUUAUAAUGUUUGUAGUCUGUCACCAACAAGAAAAACAUGGUAAAGAAUUGGAGAAAGAAUUACAAGACCGUGGUUUUAAAAAGAAUUCAAGUAUUAAAAAAAUAUUGGGUUCAAAGAAAUCCUAUAUACAUAUAAACGAGAUCACCUAUUUCCUUGAUACUCAUUCCUCCAUAUUAAAAGUAAAUUUAGAAGAAUCUUGGAAAUCCGCUUUAGUUAAUGGUAAAGAUUUCAUCUCUGGUUUCGAUAAAUUUAAUAUCAAAGGUUAUUGGACACUUGCAAAUUUAGAGGAUCCUUUUUCACCAACUUAUAAUUUCGUCUCAAAUUCAUCUGCAAUUUUACCAAUUAAAAAUAAUAAUAAUAAUAUUAAUAAUAUAAAUAAUAGUAAUAGUAAUAGUGAUAAUAAUAAUGAUAAAAGUAAUAAUGAUAAAAGUAAUAAUAAUAAUAAUAAUAAUAAUAAUAAUAAUAAUUAUAGUAUGGUUGUUUAUAAUAAUAGUAAUGAUAAUAUUGAUAAUAAUAAUAAUGAUAAUAAUAAUGAUAACAAUUUAAAUUAUAAUGAUCUUAAUAAUUCACCAACUAAAAAAACAUGUGGGGGUAUUACAAAGACAGGGAAACCAUGUGCAAAAAUUGGAUUUUGUAGUUUUCACAUGAUAAGAAAGUUAGAUGGUACUUUUGAAAUUCCACCAUCAAUAAAUAAUAAUAAUAAUAAUAAUAAUAAUAAUAAUAAUAAUAAUAAUAAUAAUAAUAAUAAUAAUAAUAAUAAUAAUAAUAAUAAUAAUAAUAAAUUAAAUAUUAAUUCUGAAAAUAAUAAAAAUAAUAGCGAUGAAGAUACUGAUACUGAUAGUGGUAGUGAUGAAUAUGAAAGUGUUGAAAAUGAAAAAAAUAGAAAAAGGAAAAGAAUUAGUUGGAAUGGUAGUAGUCCUAAUAAUAAUAAAACUCAAAAUUAUAUUUCACAAACAACAUUUAAAGUUAGAGAACUCGAAAAAAGAAUUUUAGAUAAUUUUAAUUUUUAUAGAUUCAUUCUUAAAUUUGAACAAUAUGGAUAUCGUUUACCACGUGAAUUUGUUAGAUUCAUUGCAUUAAAAGUAAUUUGUGAUGAAACUGGUGAAAAUCAUGAAUCAACAAUUUUACAACCUCCGAAAUUGAUUGAAGAAUUUUGGAUUCAAAUCAUUUUAACAAGUUUGGAAUAUAAUAGAUUAUUAAAGAUUAUAAAUGUUGAAAAGAUAAGAUAUGAUCCAGAUCUUUUAUUAGACGAACCUCCAAUUCAGAGAAAACGAUAUGAAAAAACCCUCCAAUUGUAUAAAAAGUAUUUUAGAUUUGAUAAAUUUGAUUCAGAAAUUUGGAAAGAAAACUAUCUUUUAGAAAGUAAUGAUUAG